UUCCCGCUUAUCGAUGACUUUCAAAAUCCACUAGCCGACUCAAAACCACAACGUUCCAAUCUUCCGAUCUAUCCAGAGAGAUCGAUAGAGUAAUGGACAGAGAUUUAUCUUUGAUGGAGAUCUCCGUCGAGGAUGACUCAUUGCUUCAGCAGAUUCAAAACGAAGACGUUUCCGGCUGUUCCAACAAGUCCGAUUUCUCUUGCUCGCCUCUCCAACUUCCCCGAUCUAGUCACUUCGCACAUCGUUCUUUUGCCUCCUCACUAGGAGAGGGUGGGAAAGUCAAUAAGGACAUGGCGACACCUUGCUCAUCAGUGCAUAGUAAUUGUGCUAACAAAGAGAAUACAAAUUUUAACAAACAAGAAGUUUCAAAACUCAAUGUGGAUCGGCUGCAAAUGAAGAGAAAGAAAAAAGGGGCAGGAUACAAUCUGCGAAAAAGUUUAGCAUGGGAUAGAGCUUUUUUCACUGAAGAAGGUGUUUUGGAUCCACUAGAAUUAUCAAGCAUUAGUGGGAACUAUAAUAAUACUGAUCGAGAAAAGUUAUCUGUUAUCCAUGAAGAAGGGAGAGAAUCAUUGUCUGGCACUAGAGAAGGUGCUAGAAAUUCAGCAGAUUUGCAGGUUCUUGAAGAAAAUUUAUUUAAGGCAUUACCAUCAAGUGCUGCAACAGAGGAGAGGCAUGCUGGUGAUACCUUAUCACAGAAAUAUUAUUCACCAUCUAGAAAUCAUGCUGGCUCAUCUAAUGCGGCCAAGCAAAAGGUGCUUCCGAUCCAUGGUGUCAACAGAAGUGGAUCUAAGCGGAGCGGUUGCCCAAGACCUUUGACUUCAACUUCUCUGAAAAGGCCUUCAAUUAUGGACGUGGCAAAAACUGCAAAGCCAGUUCCUGAUGCACUUUCUAGAACUGUCAGGAGUAACUUAGAGAAAAAUCAGAUUCCUCGCCCAGCAAUCAAUGUUCAGAAGAACAUCGGAACAAAGGUUUCCACAGCCAAUGCUAGGAGUGCUCGUAAUGAAACAAAAUCUGGCAAAUCUUCAGCAGCAAAUUCUUUUAUUCAACAGUCUAGAAAAAAUGUGGUGAAUUCCACAUCAACAAAUUCACAGCCUCGAAGAGCCGCCAAAGAAAACAUUUCCUCACAGGGAGUCCCCAGUGCAAUGCGCCAAGCUUGUGGCCAAGCUUCAAAUGGCUGUCUGGACGGUGCCAUCAGAGUGGGCGUUUCUCUACCUCAAAUUUCUUCCAGUAUCUGUGGGAAAAUGCCAUGUGUACAAGCCCAAACAAUGAAACCAUCUGGUUUGCGGAUGCCAUCACCAUCACUGGGAUUCUUUGGUCAGUCAAAAGCUCCUGCUUCGCAUAAUUUGUUACCAAGUACUCUCCGCAGUCUUCCGAAGUCUAAUAUUCCCAAUGUGGCAAAAGGUGGCCCUCUGAAGCCUACUUGUGAGAGGUCCCCAAGCAGACCUGCGAUACUGAGAGAAGUGGCACAUGACGUGACCACUGGAAUUACAGCUGCCAAAUGCUCAAGUGCAGGACAGUUUGCUUCUUCUAGUGUAAACCAUACUUCACAUGAAAAGACGGAAUCCAACUUGCCAACCAGUAAUAAUCGAAAUGUGGAAGAUAGGAAAUCUCCACUACAUCAGGGACCUCAUAAACACUUAAAAGAAGAGGAUGGGGACAAGAGGGUCCCUGAGGUUUGUGAUGAUUUUUCUGGAGUGCAUAAUGCCAACGAACAACAUGGGGAACUUACUGAGUUGUUGAAGCCUGACGUCUUUGAAGCUCAGCUGAUUUCACAUGAGAAGCAUCAGAUAAACACUGAGAUUGGAUCAUCCACAGAAUUCAAGAAAAUAGAUUGUGAAAAUAGGGCAGAUGCAUGUUUAAAAGCCCAAGUCAGCACUGAAAGUGAAUUGGAAAUGUGUCAUGGAUUGUCUAGGAAAGAAGGUGCCGCUAGAGUAGAUAGCAGAAAGUUGGAUGCAGAAGAUGCUCAUUUGCACUCCCUCAGGGGUAGUCUAUUGGUUGAAAGUGGCAAAGAUAUCCUAAGAAGUUUAAAUGGGGAUAACGAAAAGUUUAUGGUUGUUGAUGAUCUAAACAGACAAUGUGAACAAUCAAAGCUUCCCAGCUUUUCCCAUCAAGAAUCUAUUUUGGAAAACAUUCUGAGACCAGAAAAAAGUGAUGCUUGUGGAAGUGAAUUGAAAUCUUCUCCUCUUUGUUUGAUACCAUCAGCCGUGACAGAUUAUGGUUCUAACACAGAGGACAUCGCACAAUGCCUUCACAUGGAGGAUAAACUGUCAAGUCCUUUAAUAAAUGAGUCAGCAAUUGAAAAUUGUAACUCCACCGGUCCACAGUCACUUGACAUAGAGCUUCAAGGGACUGAAGAUUUGGAAAGGAUUGAGAAUGUCAAAAGAGAAGAUGCAAGAAGUGCUUGUAAAGAUGAGGUCACCAUUGUUUCCCCAACCAAUAGAGAUGUAGCUGGAAGUGAUUUGGAUAAACAACAUUGGUCACCCAACUUUGGCCCUGCUGUGGUGCAAGCUGAAGUUGGUGCACUUGAGAUAAGUGAUAUUAUUGCACAUGAACGCUUAGAAGGAAAAAAUCACCGUAUUUCAUUAAGAAAUCACAAUGACAUUUAUGAUUUACAAUCCAGAGAUGAUGUUAACCACAAUCAGCAGUCUACUUUAAUGGGGCAUUAUGAUUGGUCCAGCACUACAAGAGAUCGCAUUGUUCUGCCUUUUGAGCAAGCUAUGUCGAUAAAGCCUUGGUCUCAUGAAGAUGAUAAAGUAUCUAACAAUGAGAAUCACUGGCGAGGUUCUUAUGAAGGAUUGAUGUUUGAUAAGAGCAGAUUAUCCGAAGAGUCUCCAAAAUUUAAUAGAGGGAAUAGUGCUGAUGUCAUUCCUGAAACUAAAUGUUCCAAUGGAAAUGGGUUUGAAGGUGCCGAUCAUCUUUCGCACUACAUACAUGCAGAGAAAGAGACUACAGAAGUUGAAAGUUUUAUAAAUGUAAUUGAGAAAUCACCAAUGGAACCAGCUAAAUCGCUAGCCUUUGAAGGCUGUACAUCAUCUGUCGGUUGCAGAGAUAACCCCAAUACUUCUAAGUGCUUUGUGAUUAUUAACGAUGUUAGUGAACAAAGAGAAGAUCCCAGGCUUCCAGAUCCCAGCCCUGAUGCUGCACAAGUUUCCCUGAGUCUCAGCAGGUUACAUUCAGAUGAUAAGUUCUUUUUUGCGGGCAAAAGUUCUUCUCAAGAAUCACCUGAGAGGAAUGAACUAGGAGUUGCUUCUCAUGCUGCUUCUGAACUAUGGGAUGCUUGCGCUAAAUUAAAAUUUCCAGAUGUUUGUGCCAGAGUAGUACCAACAAUUCUUGAUGGUGCUGUUGAUGAUAAGGCUGACCGCCCACAACCUGAGAAUGAUGCAAGGCUGGUUUCUACAGAAACUAACCUAAACGGUGGUUUUGAUCUGUUUUUGAAUAUAAGUGAAGACCAAACUUCAGAGGCUGUAGGCACUUGUCCUAAGCCAAUUCGUUGUUCAAGUGAGGAUUUAGUGUUAUCGAGGAAAAUUAACCAGAGACAAUCAAGUGGAAGUAUCCCUCAGGAUAUUGAAGUCACAUUAGUGGAGAGUAGAAUUUUCCCACAAGUCGGAACUAAUGUUGUUGAAAAGAGGAGUUAUGAUGGAUGUCAACCACAGCAUGAGUUGGAAGAUGCCCCAUGCUCAGUUGAAGAUGAUGGCGCACCAGUGUUGCUGAAAGAGUCUGAUAAUGAAAAGAAGACUGAUGUUCUUCUAAUGAAGCCUCCACCCGAUGCUGUUCCUUUUUCAGAUGAAUGGUUAGCUGCAUUUGAAGCAGCUGGAGAGGAAAUUUUUACUAUGAAAAGUGGAGCUGUACAGAAUUCUCCCCCGGACAAGCCUUUACCCGAGCCUGGUCCAUGGUCCCCGGUGAGGCGGAAAAAUCAAGAGGUCGGACCAUUUGACUGUACAAAAUACACCAACACGAAUGUUUCGCCUUAAUAGUCCCAAUUGAGAUUUGUGAUCAAGGUUAGUCAAAUCUCUCUCUAACAAGGUUACUGAUCUAAUAUUACCGAGCUUCUAGCAAAAAUAAUUGCCUCAAAAUUGACUUGCUCAGAAAUGCAUUCUCGAAAUUCCUGUUCUGCCUUUAAGUUUAUGGAGAAACUAGAAGUAUUUUUAUUAUGGACUUGUAGUAGUAAAUUGUUCUUAAUUCCUCGCCAAUGUUGGGGAAUUGAUCAAACGUAGUAAGAUCAUCACUAUGGUUCAGUGGUGGUGUGUUCCUCA